AUGUGUUCGAAUGCAUCUGAUCUGGGGAAGUGUGCAUCAUCAAUUUCCCAUUCCACCCUCCUGACUCUCAACUGCUCAGACUCUGUCAGGCUGGUGAAUGGGACCAGUCUGUGCUCAGGCAGACUGGAGGUGAAGACUAACCCGUCUACCCAGCGCUGGUCCACAGUGUGUGAAGCUGACUUUGACCAGCAGGAUGCAGAGGUGGUCUGUAGGGAGCUUGGCUGUGGGCCUCCUUCCGUCCUCCAGGGGGCACUCUAUGGAGAAGUGGAGGCUCCAAUGGGGACCAAAGAGUUCCAGUGUGGAGGCACUGAGUCUGCUCUCCUGGAGUGUGGAAGCUCAGGCUCAGAUAGAAACACCUGCUCACCUGGAAAAGCUGUUGGACUCACCUGCCCAGAGCCUGUCAGGUUGGUGGGAGGAGCCAGUCGCUGUACAGGAACACUGGAGCUGAAAUAUAAGGGAGAAUGGAGACCAGUGAAUGACUAUUAUUCUGUCCUGACCCUGAAGGAAGCAGCUGCUGCCUGCAGAGAGUUGGACUGUGGCUCUGCUCUUUCUGUAGGAAAGAGAGAGUCCUCACGCAGACCUGUGUGGUUAGUCUUGUCAAGCUGUGUUCAUUCUGGAUCUGCUCAGAGGGGGUGUGCAACAUCAUUUUACUCUUCCUUCAUACAGGAUCUCAUCUGCUCAGACCUGCUGCUUCAGCCCGACAUCUCUGUGUCCUCCUCCAUAGUCUGGGUCUCCGAGGAGGCCCAGCAGCAGGGAUUCCAGGUGUUCUGGCACUCAAACUUCACCAUUAGCUGCUCCAUCCAGCCACAGUACCCAGGAGGCUCCUUCCAGCUCACCUUCACCUCCUCCAACUCAACACACAACUACACCCAGCCAGCUGUCAAUCACUCUGCCCACUUCCUGUUUCUUGCUGCAAAGCCCACCCACCAAGGAAGCUACAGCUGUGUUUAUCACCUCUAUGUUUUCUCUCAUAAUUUCUUCUCUGAGAGCCGUCUGCUCUCUCUCAGCGUCAUAGAUCCAUCAGAUUCAACACCUUUUAUCAUCAGAGUGGUCGUCCUGCUGCUGACUCUGCUGUUGGUGAACAUUGCCCUUUACUUCUACUACAAGGACAGCAGGGGCAGAAGCCGGAAAGACAGGAGGACAUGGAGCUGGACUAUUAUAACCUGGGUGUCCCUGCAGCCGAAGGAGGGCCGACGGAAGAGGAAGCAGCUUGGGGAGCAGAGUAGCACCUCGACUCAAACUUGA